AUGGCAGCCGAUCCUGCAGCUAGCGCACAGCCUGUUCCCGACGACGAAGUGGACGACGAGGCCGAGGAAGAAGAACCUUUUGAUCCUUGGGCGAGCCAAGGAGACCAGGGUGACACCGGCGACCGGUACACAGCUCGGCCGGCCAGUCCAACGGACGCUGCUGAGUACCGACAGUUUCUUCAGUUCCUGAACCGCCGUGGCGGCAACAGCACUCGGCGGCGUGGAGCUGAUGAUGAUGACGACGAUGACGACAGGGACUCGAGGAGCAACUCGGGUCCGCCACCAACCUGGGAUGCCAGCACUCCUUUCAAGGAUUACCUGAUCCGUGCUCGGCUGUGGUUGGCGACGACAAAGGCGAAGCCUCAGAGCCGAGGCCUGAUGCUUCUUCGGGGCCUCACGGGCGUUCCCUUUGAUGACAUGAAGUACCUGGCUAAAAGCGAUUCCUGGAUGAAAGCCAAGGACAAUGGCGAACAGCUCCUCAAGGCGAUGGAUGUUAAAGAGCUGUACGGAGAUGAUGAACGGGAAGACAUGUUGAACAGCCUCUUCAAGAUCACCUACGCUGUCCGCAGAGGCAAGUCCGAAGGGCACAAGGAGUUUUUCUCUAGAUGGGAGCUUGCUAUCAGGAAGCUUUCAGAGCAUAACAUCACGUUGCCUUCGGAGUAUCUUGGGUUUCUGUUGACGAUGGCGUUGCAAUUGAAUCAAGAGGAGGUUAAACUUCUCAUGAAUUUCACCCAGGGAAGAUUGAGCCAGAAGGAUGUUAAAGAGUGGGUCAGGGUUCAUGAGACGAACCUGGACCUCAAGUCAGCGGCGACCUCGUCGGCACGUGCCAAGCCUCCAGCAGCAGCCUACCACACGGAGAUCUCCGAUCCCGUCCCCGAGACCGAGGACUUCGGCGAUGAAGGCCCGGAUGAACAGAUCGAGGUUCUCUUGAAUGUCAUGCAGGACCUCAGCGAGGAUUCCGGCGGCACGAAUGCCGCGGAAGAGCAGGGGAGCUUUGAUGAGGACGAGGCCCGGGAGAUCUUGUCUACGAUGGUCAAGGAGCAUGCCAAGCGCCGGACCUUUGCUGCUGUGAAUGAGGCGAAGAAGAACAAGACGUUGGCCCGUGGCUAUGGUGCCGGUGCCCGCUAUCAGUUCGGCAAGGGGUCCGGCAAGGGCGGGUCCAAGGGUGGCUUCGAAGGUUCCUACAGGGAACAUGGUGCGCAUCUCCUCGAGCUUGGGGCCCACGAGGCCCACUUUCUUGGCUUCGAGGAUUUCCUCCGCACGAAGCAGGCGAUCAACGCCGACUCCGGAGCCCAGAUGACGAUCGGCGGCUCGUCGAGCAGCACUGCGCGACCGCGACCUUCCGGAUCUGCUUCCGUUUUGUCCGCAUACAAGGAGCGCGUGCCAGUUCAUGAUGUGUGUUUUCUUUCCAGAGCCCAAGCCGAAGCCCAAACAGCUUUCGACGAGACUUGUGCUACAGUGGACACUGGGUGUCAGAGAUCUGCGGUAGCUGCAGCGAACAUGCCCUCCGGGAAGCGGUCUCGUGUCGACAACACGAAGGAGUUCAACCCGAACGAGAUCGCCUGGAGCCGGAUGGUGGUUCGAAUGCUGAUGUCGGUCUUGAACGCGGCCUCCAGUGUGAUCCUCUCCCACUUGGGCAUCCGAGGACCUCGGAUGCAGAUCUACGACCAGGUCAUCCAGGAACUUCCUCGGAUGACCGGUGCCGAGCUCGACAAUCUUCGUCGUGCUGUGGAACAUCACCUCGAGCGACGGCGGCUCGAAGGAAUGAGCUCGGACCAAUGGGAUGCCAAGCUGCCUUGGAGUCGCCAGACGACCGAGGACCACGACAUGGAGACCAACUCCGAGACCGGCUUCAUCCUGAUCGACACGCCCAAGCUGGUCACGGGAGCAACCGAGAAUCACCGAGCGGUGAUCCGGUGCUUCUGUCAGAAACCUACGGUGGUUCUUCAAGCCCGCAAGGAAGGACGCAACCAAGGACGCCUGUUUCGCAGGUGCCCUCUCUGGGCGAACCCGUCGAUCCGCUGUUCCUAUUUCAGCUGGUUGGAACACCAGCCAUACUGGCAACCAGGAGCGACGAGCUCGACGGCUCCUUAUCCGACCUCGACCGGGCCUCCAGUGGACUUCACCAAGGCACCCGCGACACCUGCGAAGUCGUCGAAGAGUCCAAGCUCGCCGACCUCACCUUCGAUGAUCAAUCCGGAGAAGUGCGAACACCGGGCGACAACCUACGCCGGGUCGAACGCCUAUGUCCACCAGGUGAAGUGUCGAGAUUGCGGCAAGGUUCUCUCGAGGACCAGGAAGGAACCAGCGGCAGCGGCCGCCCCGGCACCGACGACUCCCUCCUUGGGAGGCAGCUCGUGGCUCAACAGCCCCAGCGACAUGGAGCCAGUGGAGAUCGAUCCCCGCCGGCCGGCGGGACCUCCGCCACCAGUUCCGGUGAACAACAUGAGCGACACCUACAAGGGGAACCGGAGCACCAAGGUGAGUGGAUCGGCCAGCUCGACCCGAGACAACCAGGAUUGGGAGGAGUUCCAGGAGUUCAAGCGUUUCCAGGUAGAGUAUUACCAGGAGCUGUUUGCGUUGUCGAAGGUGGAGGCCAAGACUGUUGCGGAGAUCUAUAAUCCUAAUAGGUUUGGUAGACGUGCCAAGCAGUUUCGACUCCAUCCUGGCCAAGCGUUCGAUAUUGAGUUAGGUCAUGAUUUGCUGAAGCCUUCCGUGCAGCAUUCGGUCUUGACCUAUGUGCAGCAAGAGCGCCCCGGGCUUGUCAUUAUCUCGCCGCCCUGUGAGGCUUUCAGCACUCUCAAUCGACUGCUUGAUCGAUUUCGUCAGCACAACCUAGCAGCUCUCAGGCGACACAUCGAUAAGCUCAAGCGAGGGAAGGUGUUACUUAACUUUGCUAUGAAGGUAUGUCGGCAAUGCCUUGAUCAAGGAACUACCUUUGUGUUUGAGCAUCCUCGCGGCGCCUCUUCAUGGACUAUGCCCUCUGUGCAGCGUCUCCUUAAGCAGCUGGGCGUGAUCCUGGUGGUUGCUGACCAGUGUGCCUACGGCUUGACCGACAAGCACCAGGUGCCGCACAAGAAGGCCACCGGCUUCAUCACCAACAACAAGAAUGUGGCUGAGGCUCUUUCUCGGAAGUGCCCGAAGAAUCACCCUCAUGCGUGGAUCCUCGGCAACAAGCAGAUCUCCAAGCGAGCUCAGGUGUAUCCAGAUGCUCUGGUGGAUGCCAUCCUCGAGAGCUAUAGCCGGUCGAUCGGCAAGGCAACUCACGAAGUACACCUGACCAAGGCGGAUCAAGUGGUAGCCAAAGACCGACGGCAUGAUUGCAACUACUUCUCCGCGCAGGAGCGCAACGAGAUCGAGGAACAGCUUCGCCAGGUGCCCAAGGAGAUCCUUGCUGAGGAGGAAGAGUCUCCGCCUCUGGUGGACGUGAUGAAACCAGAAGCCUUUGGAAUCACUGCGGACCUAGAAGCGACGGUCGGAUGGAAAGAAGUGCCUUUGACGAAGCACUGGCUCUACGUGGGCGACAACGAACCGGAGCUGACCAUUCCGGCGGUCGACUCUGCUGCCCGCCGCCUACCAUGGCGGACUACCUGGACCAGGGUCCAGGAACGGUGGGUUCUUCUUGAAGACGAGGUGCGAUGGCAAGACCUUCCUCAGCAACCUGCCCUUCAGCCCAACACAAGGUAUAUUAGCGUCUAUCAAGCCAGGCUAGAUCAAGGAGCAGACAAGAGAAUGAGACAUUUUCCAGGGAUGGCCAAAAUCACCCUGGAACGUAUGAUUCGUAGAGCUCAUGAGGGACUGGGUCAUCCAGAGCAUAGCAGGUUCAUCCGCAUUCUCCGCCAAUCGAAUGCAUCUGAUGAAGUGAUUGCUGCGGCUGAGAAGUUCCGUUGCUCAACUUGCGAGGCUUACAAGCUGCCCGAUCCAGUACGAAAAGGCGCACCUCCCAAGGAGGAUUUGUUCAUCAAUGAGAGAGUGGGCGUUGAUACCGUUCAUCUUCGUGAUCAUAACAAUGAGGCUGUACCAUCGCUCAAUAUCAUUGAUUUUCAUACUCACUUUCAGCUUGUGAUUCCCAUGGCCACCGAAUCCGCAAGUGAAGUUCGCAAAGCUUAUCGUCAGUGGGUUCGGUUCUUCGGUGUUCCUCGCAAAGUGCUAUAUGACCUAGGAUCGGAGUUCAAAGCCGAGUUUCGCCGACAGGUGGAACAAGAUGGCAGCGAGGCCAUCCCCAGUGCGCUGGAAACUCCAACGCAAAGAGGCCUGACAGAGCGUGCCGGCGGUGUUUUCAAAAACAUUCUCUAUAAAUCGAUGGUGGACUACCAGUGCACCAGCAGAGAUGAAUGGAGAGAACUAGUGGACAUUGCUUGCAUGACUAGAAAUCGGCUGCUUCUUCGAGGCGGGUAUUCUCCGAUCCAACGAGUCAUCGGCUACACGCCUCGCCUUCCAGGAGGCCUCUUGAGUGGCGGUGCUGAUGACCACACGUUUGCCGCAAGGUUGACCAUGGGGGAUAAGGAUGUAGCUCGUGCAAUGAAGAUGCGUAAAGCCGCUGCUGUAGCUUUUCAUGCAGCAGAUUGCGACCAAGCACUCAGGGCUGCAACUUUGGCCGGGUCCCGGAGGGUAUGCGACUUCGAGGUGGGCCAGGCGGUCUACUUCUGGCGACGAGGCGCCGGGAGCACCAAGAAGACUCGACAGUCUUAUUGGCAAGGACCUGGUCGAGUUGUGAUGACAUCUUUGCCCAAUGCAGUUUGGAUUGCUCGCGGCAACAUGUUGGUGAAAGCAUCUCCCGAACGGGUUCGGCAUGCAUCCUCAGAAGAGAAUUUGUCAGUUUCCGGGUGGCUUCGUGGAAUCUCUAAGACUCGGCAGGACUUCGAGAAGAUUCCCCGGAAGGGCUUUGUAGAUCUGACCGUCGAGAAUCCUGAUGAAGCUGCUCUAGAACAACCUGACGAUCCACUAGAAGAAGAUGGUGUUAUCGAACCUGUUCGUCGGCAGGGACCAAGCGAGAAGGUGAUGAUCAGACAGCUCCUCCGGGUAAGCGUAGUCGAGCAAAAGAAAGAGUCCAAGGCCAGUGACUUCAAGGGGAAGGAAGCCUCUGAAGAGAUCAUGCGCACAAAGCCUGAGAAGGUGAUGGUCAGCAAGGCCGAGAGCGAAGGAAUUCUCCUCGCCGAUGGUGACCAUGGACCAUGCAAGGCCAAGUGUCGUCAUGUGAUGCGCGGGUAUUCAGAAGAGUCUGCUCUAGACGUUGAGUUUACUACCCCACAGAUCACCCGUGACUCCGUGAUCUUCAUUCUCCAGAUCCUCUCGAGCUUCAUAUGGACUCCAGGUUUUGUAGACUUUACACAAGCCUUUCAUUCCGGGGAUUGGAUACAAAGAGAACUUUACUGCAGUCAACCGCGUGAAGGCAUUCCUGGGAUGCACCCAAAGCAGUUGUUACGUUUGCUUAAGACAUGCUACGGUUUGACGGAUGGUCCGCUGGCAUGGUACAAGCAUUUAGCGCGUCGGCUGCAACAGCUUGGCUAUGAAGUUAGCAAGGCUGAUCCUUGUGUGUUCUUUCUUCGGGGACCUGAGAAAGAAGGGUCAAAGCUUGAGGGCAUCAUUGGGGUUGCCACAGAUGAUCUUCUUCACGGUGGCACAGAACGCCACUGGAACAACAUAGCCACCAUUGCCCAGGAAUAUAAGCUGGGCAAGAAUCAGCAAGGAGCAGGCCGCUUCACGGGCAAGGACAUUGCACUUCAAGAUGAUGGUUCGAUUCUUGUGAACCAGCAGUUCUAUGUCCAGGUUCGGGACCUGAUCGAGGCCAACAAGAUCAGCGAGGAGGCUCGCAAAGAGAGAGAAACCCGAGUGUUGGAUUCGCCAUCACGUGCAGCCUCGCCGGAGACCUACCAUCCCGGUUCCUCUCCAGAUGGCCCUGAUCUUCAUCGCCUUUCCGGCAAGCAGACGAUUUACAAGUUCCAGCAGAAACAGGGACAAGUUGACCACCAAGUGCUCGAGGACCACUGGGCGGAGCCUGACGGCAUUCGUGUCCUUCAGGACACCGCCUGGACCGGAAGCAGCUGGUUCUGGAAAGAUGACAACGGAGGUGUUCCGGCUUCCAAAGUUCACUCGAGCUGGGUUCAACUGCAGAAUUUAAGCAGCCAGGGCGGUCAGAUUGUGAUCUACCACGACAAGAAGUUGUCAGAGGCCGAAGAACCGGCCAUGACGACGGUGGCCUCUUGGCGGAGCUACCGUCUUAAGAGGAAGACUGUGGACACCCUGGCGGCUGAGGGACAG